AUGCCUUUCGAGUUCAUCGUCAGUGAUCUUGACAAUGCCGGUGUUGCCUUGGAGGGCCACGCAACUAUGAAAGAGCUCGAGGAUUGGAGAGUGGUUCUUGACAAAACUUCAUACGGCAAGUUCGCGCUUACUACCGAACUCGAGGAAGCCGAUAUCGAUUAUCUCGGACUUCAUCCUCUGUCUGCCGUGUACGCACUUGGUAUUCAGAGACGCCUGCUAUCCUUUCUUUCGAACAUCUGCAAGGCGCUUUCGAAAGAGCGAGGCCUCGAAACCACGAUGCAGCAUCUCAAGAAUCUCCCAGACUGUGCACCGUAUGCAGACCUUGCGUUAGCCAGCGGCCCGCCUGCCAGCCUUCGUAACUCUGCCGUCCGGGCUGAGACUCAGCUACCAUGUAGCAUGUCCAUCAAAGACUUGCUGUCGCUGGUUGAGAGCAGGGCCUCGCAAGCUCGCGACAAUGUGCUUAGCCUGGUCGGCGAUGCAGGUUACUUUGUGCAACAUCUGCGCGAUCAAGAGGCUCAUAUUCCAGAAGUUCCGGGAUAUCUCCAGAGUCGUAGGAAGUUGUACGCAACGGAAGAGCCCAAUGCGCCGAUCACAGCUGCAAUGGAUAGCAAGAACAAGGCUUUCGCAUGCUUGAUGACUGGCUUUGCCUGCUCGUUGUUGGUCAUGAGCUCAUUCCGCAGCCUCAUUCUGUGGAUGUUGGUUGUUGAAUGGACAGAUAAACUGGGCGCCGAUGAGUUCCGUGGUGAAACCUGUCGCACCGCUCAUGAGAAGUACCCACGCGAAGUGGAGAAAGUUCUGUGCCACAUACAACAUCACCUCCAGGCUAUAUCCAAAAUCGAUCGCGAGCAGCUGGCGUGGGCCUUUCCUGCCUCAGCCAAGAUGCGCAAGUUCUUUGACGCAAGGGAAGUGCUGGAKAAGAAGCCUGACGUUGCGCCCACUCAUCUGAAUACCUCUUCGCUACGUCCUACGUUCGACAACAAGAGCUGCGACCCUGAGUGGGCUUUCCACACGAUCAAGAUGCUCGCCGRGAGCGAGCCUGGCAGCGUCGGAUAUCGAUGCAUCAUGAGCGAGAUGGAAAAUGUUCUGACAUCCAAGCGAAGUGCUAUCGCUUUCGUCAGCCCCUUUCUGAGGGACCAGAUCGCCAACAUUCUUGUCUCGGGUAAGCUCCACGAGGAGCUACGGUUCAUGUGGCCAGCUUCUGCUGGGUGGGAGGAACACAACGAGGACGCUCAAGCCGCCACGGGCGAAACCGUUGUGGGUCUUUUGGCUUUCUGCAGGAUCGCCGAGCGUGUAUGCACAGGGGCCGUCUUCYGAAGUAGCGAUCUUCAGUAUCCUGAAGCAGAGCCAGAUUCUGAAAAGACACGCACGAGGCGAUGUCAGACCGAAGACAAGCUUAACGACUUUUGGCAGGCUCUGAGCAAAGCAUGGGAUGUACCAGGCGCCCUUCCCGAACAUAUCCUGGAGCCCCUCCGAGCCACCUUCGCCAUGUGCGAGAACCUCAGGCAGACAGAGCCGUGGGUAGCUCGAGAUUCACCUGUGUUUGAUGAGCAGCUCAAGAGUCUCGCGGUGGAUGAGGGCACAACUUCGCUAGCUCGCUUACUCACCCAAAAGGCUCGCGUGAAGGCAAAAACCAGACCUUUGGUUCCUGUUGUACGAGAUGUCCCGGAUAACCUCGUCGACCGGGAAGAAGACAUCGCACCGCUGAUGCUCUCAGUAGAUGCUACCACAUACCAGGUCUUCGACGUCAUUUUCAACAUGACACAAGGGGCACAGCCCGGCGAGCUAGCAUGGACCGCUGUCGAGCGUGCACUCUGCAGCAUUGGAUUCGACGCAGUACGUUCGCUGGAUGGCUCGGCGGUCCGCUUCAGCCCGUCGCUGGCAGGAAUCCAGGGUGUUGUAUGGACUCGCAGCAUCACAUUGCACCACCCUCAUCCUAAAGCGGAGUACGCCAAAGCACAGAUCUAUCGUUUGCGUGGUCACUUGCAGCGUGCUUUCGAUCUUGGGAGGCAAUCUUUCAUCUUGAGAGAAUGA